UGUUCAGCUACCCAAGGGAGGAAGGAAUGGAGCCUGUGAACAAGCUUGCUUUGAGAUUCAAGACAAGGAGUUUUUCGAGCUUGGCGAGGAACGACGGAAUGCAAGGAUGAGGUACCCCAAGCUGAUCCAGCGUUUGCAGUGUGGAUAAAAGCUGAGCAAGCGACGAUAGCAAUGGUCAACUUCAUCAUUGAACGUUUGUGGUUUCAAUUCUUACUUUUGGAGCAGUAAAGCCCGCCACAGCAUUCAAGGUCGAGAUAGCCACUGACACUGCUGCAAGGGUGCGCUUUGCAUCAAACGGGAAGAUCAAGAUGUAUGGCAAGCUUUCGAGAGUCAAGGAUGCUCGGCAAGUUUUCGAUCGCAUGUGUGACAAGGACUCGCUGUCUUGGUUCUUGAUGCUAGCUGUGUAUGCCCAAAAUGGUCAUAUGGAAGAGGCCAAGCUGAUGUUUUCCCAAAUGCCGGAGAGGAGUUUGAUUUCUUUCAACAUGAUGAUAUCUUCGCUUGGUCGGUGUGGAUGUGUACAAGAAGCUUACAAAAUCUUUAACAACAUGCCUCACAGGGAUUUAGUGUCUUGGAACGCCGUGAUCUCUGCAUAUGGCCAAAAUGGGUAUAUCAACGAGACGGUUCAGGUGUUUGAUGCCAUGCCCGAGAGAGAUAUGAUCUCUUGGACGGUUGUUUUAACGUUGCAUGCGAAUAAUAGAAAUUUGGAAGAAGCUAAGAACAUCUUUGAGAAAAUGCCAGAAAGAGAUCUAGCUGCUUGGAACUGUAUGCUGAAUGCAUAUUCCCAAAGCGGGUAUCCGCAGGAGGCAAGGCGUGUGUUUUAUUCUAUGCCUCAGAGAAGUCUCAUUUCCUGGACUGUGAUGUUAAACCUCUCUGCCGUAAAUUCUAGUUUACAAGAAACAAAGAACAUAUUCGAAGCCAUUCCAGAAAAUAAUCUAGUUUCGUGUACGUCAAUGAUUUCUGCAUAUGCCCAAUCAGGGUAUCACUUGGAAGCUAAAUCACUAUUUGAUAGAAUGCCAUGCUGGAACUUGGUAACAUGGACCGCAAUGCUGGCAGCAUGUGUGCGCGCUGGCAGCAUCUUCAUGGCCGAGGACAUCUUUAAAAAAAUGCCAUUCAAGAAUCCAGUCGCAUGCAACGCCAUGCUAGCCGGAUAUGCCCACGCUGGCAAAGUUGAGCAGGCAAAGUGUAUAUUUGACAAAAUGCCAUGUUGGAGUUUAGUAUCGUGGAGUUCACUGCUGUAUGUCUACGCAGGAUCAAGAGAUAUGGACUUGACACGACGAUUUUUCGAUAAAAUGCCAUACCAGCAGCUAGUUUCCUGGAACACCAUGCUUGAUGCUUAUGCCCAAAACAGGUAUAUGGCAGAAGCAAGGGUCAUGUUCAAUGCAAUGGUGGAGAAGGACGUAAUUUCUUGGACUAUAAUGCUUGCUGGCUAUGGCCUUAGUGGCCAGAGUUCACUUGCAAGAAAAACUUUUGCCCAGAUGCCAGGGAAGAAUGAAGUUUCUUGGGAUGCAAUGCUCAGUGCAUGCACCCAAGCAGGGGAUUCGAUUUCUGUGUUUGAAUUGUUUCACACUAUGCAGAUGGCCGGCAUUUACAACCAAGUUGGAUUUGUCUCCGCUCUCAAUGCUCACGGCCAAGUUGGCAGUGUUAAAUGUGCUAGAAGUUGCUUUGUUUCGAUGGCUUUUGACUGUGGCAUUCAGCCAUGUCACCAGCAUUACUCCUGCAUAAUCGAUGGCUUGGCAAGAGCUGGUUACAUUGACAAUGCAAGAGAACUCAUCGGAAACAUGCCAUUUGUUCCCACUUCUUUGGAUUGGCUGUGCCUUUUAGCUGCAUGUCGGAGCCUCGAGUGUGGAACCUGCGUAUCAAAAUGGGUGUCUGGAAUUGCGAGCAGCAGAGCUAUGUAUUCUCUCCUGGCAAAUGUAUGGGCUUGGCAUUGAUAGAAUCUAAGGAAAAAAUAAACUGCUGCCUGGAUUAUGUUGUCAAAUUGCUCGAGAAUUUAAGACUAGAAGGACCAAUUGCGUUUCAUGCUUGAUAAAUUCAAAUAUUGACAAAA